CAAACAUCCAUUCAAUAUCCCAUUCCUCCAAAUGGCAGUCUCAUACCUAUAAAAACGUAGACUUUGAGUUGUAACACCUAAAAAUAAAUCUCUCCUCUUAAAACCCAAAAUGGCAAGACUCUCUUUCUUCUCGUUUCUAUCCAUCUUCUUCCUUUCUAUUACCUUGACUACUUUAGUACCUUCAAAGCAAGUCUCUGCAGUUCCCCUCUCGACCGAUUCAAGGUGGAUUGUGGAUGAGAAGGGCCAAAGAGUGAAACUAGCAUGCGUAAACUGGGUUUCACAUCUGGAGGCAGUAGUUGCAGAAGGGCUUAGCAGAGAACCCAUGGAUUUAAUUGCAAAGAAGAUUGUCUCUAUGGGAUUCAAUUGUGUGAGACUCACUUGGCCGCUUUAUUUGGUCACUAAUGAGACCUAUGCUUCUCUUACUGUAAAACAAUCUUUUCAAAACCUUGGCUUGCUUGAAUCCAUUUCUGGUAUUCAAGCCAAUAACCCCGCCAUUAUUGAUCUUCCACUCAUCAAGGCUUAUCAGGCAGUGGUGUCUAGCCUUGGGGACAAUAACGUGCUAGUGAUCCUAGACAAUCACAUAAGCAAGCCUGGUUGGUGUUGCAGUAACUUUGACGGCAAUGGCUUCUUUGGCGACAGUUACUUUAACCCUGACCUAUGGAUUAAUGGCUUAACCCAAAUGGCCACCAUUUUUAAUGGUGUUCCCAAUGUUGUUGGUUUGAGCCUGAGGAACGAGCUUCGAGGUCAAAAACAAAAUGUAAACGAUUGGUACAGGUACAUGGAAAAAGGAGCUGAAGCAGUACAUUCAGCAAAUCCGGACGUACUUGUUAUUCUUUCUGGUCUGAAUUACGACAAAGAUUUGUCAUUCCUACGCAAUCGUCCGGUGAACCUCACAUUCACCGGAAAAUUAGUAUUCGAAGUACAUUGGUAUGGAUUUUCAGAUGGGCAAGCAUGGAAAAAUGGAAACCCUAACCAGGUUUGUGGAAGAGUGACGAGUAAUAUGAUGAGGAUGUCAGGAUAUUUGUUAGAUCAAGGUUGGCCAUUGUUCGUGAGCGAGUUUGGAAUUGAUCAAAGAGGUACAAAUGUAAAUGAUAAUAGGUACUUGGGUUGCUUCUUGGGUUGGGCAGCUGAGCUUGACUUGGAUUGGGCAUUGUGGACACUAGUUGGAAGCUAUUAUUUAAGGGAAGGUGUUCUUGGGUUAAAUGAGUAUUAUGGGGUGUUAAAUUGGAAUUGGUGUGACAUCAGGAAUUCAAGCUUCUUGCAGCAAAUAUCUGCCCUGCAAUCACCUUUUCAAGGACCAGGUGUGUCAGAAAGUAAUCUACAUAAAGUGAUUUUCCACCCAUUAACAGGUCUCUGUGUACAAAGAAAAUCAAUGCUAGAGCCAUUGAAGUUAGGUCCUUGUACUGACUCUGAAGCAUGGAGAUAUACACCACAGAAGAUUCUAUCUCUUAAAGGAACAUAUUUCUGCUUACAAGCAGAUGAAUUGGGCAAACCAGCAAAACUUGGAGUGAUCUGCACAGACUCCGAUUCAAAAUGGGAUGUCAUCUCAGAUUCUAACAUGCAUCUUUCAUCUAAGAUCAGUAAUGGCACAACCAUUUGCCUAGAUGUAGACUCCAACAACACCAUUGUUAUAAAUACUUGCAAAUGUUUGAGUAGGGAUAAUACAUGCGACCCAGGAAGUCAAUGGUUCAAAUUGGUUAACAGCACAAGAAGUUCAACCAUGGCAAAACCCUCUUUCGGAAUCAAUUCGAUCUUAGACUAUACCAAGCAAAAGCUUUCCUAUGGAAGUUUUAGGGCUUAGCAUAAAAGAAGCAGUUGAUGAAGCAACUUGAUUUAGGGAUUAAACAUUUGAACAGUAUUUAAGAUUCUUCAAUGUGGUCAUAGAAAAAAAUGUGAAAUUCUAACUAGAAGAGAUGGGUAGUGCUACUUUUUACUGUAUAAUCAGAGGAAGAGAUUAUUCAAGGAAGAAAGACAUGCAAAAAUGCUCAAGUGGUAGAACACUUUUUGCAUAUAUACCCUUUCCUGUUUCGAGUCUGGUGAGUUCACAGUUGCCAGAGAACUUUUUGCCUUUCAUAUUUCCAUAGCAGUAUUGUAAUGAAAGAAAAGGAAAGAUUAGUCACUUGUACCUUGGAGGGCUAGGACUUGUAACUUUCAACAUUUGAGAAAAUAAUUGUUUAGAUUUCAAACUUAAACAAAA